AUGGCUGAAGAGCGGCCGGCCCUUACAUGGGUGGGCUCCAAAAAGGACGACUACGAAGAUAGGAACUACUUCCACCCAGUUCUUGACCACCUCUUACACAUUCCCGGCGAAACCGGAUACAUCGGUCGCGGUUUACGCCAGGUUAGGGGCAAUAUCUUUCGUGGAAGGAAUGACAACCAGGAUACUCUGCACAUAUGGUUCCUAGAUCUAGCCGUUGCGUUGCACAUCAAACCCAAUCAAGCCAUCCAUGGUACACCCCCAACCUUGAUUGGAGAUACUUGGGGCGAUUUCAUCUGGAAGGGUCUGCUCGUUGCAGUGAUGAGGGCCGGAUCCGACUUUGAUCCUCGCCAUCCCACUGACAUUACCCUCACAGCCUACCGUGACGCCAUCGACUACCUUGGCUACUACAUAGACACGGUCGGGAGUAUGAUCGAUGAACCUGGUCGGCACCACCACCUAUCCAAGGUCGUCCUAGCAGACAAGGCUUCCAAGGCCAUCGGCGUCCGAAUCAACUGCGGCCGUGACCAGGCCAUCCGCGGCGAGCCCGAAAUCGUUCAGGUUGCCGUGCCCAAGAUCCAUCCCCUCUUUAACCUCGAAAGCGACGACCCAUGCGAUAUCGCUUCCCUCUUUGGCCUGGAGUUGGUCGCAAAGGCAUAUGAUGGCAAUCACCGCGACCGGGACAGUCACCCGUCAUUAAAUGAUCUGGCGAAUCCUUUGGCCCAACUCCUCCUGAUCAGAACCUCUACAAGAAACGGAAAGUGGGCUUAUUUGCCAAGCCACUGGAGCCGUCAGCCCCUAGGGAGUAUUCUUUUCUUCGAUCGUUCUAGGCGAGAUGUAGACAUUACCGCGAUCUGCAAUCUGAUUGAAGCGGUCGCGGUGCCUUUCAUCUUCAAGGAGGAGGCGCCUGAACCCAGAGCAGAGCAGAAAUUGCUGGAAAGACUCGAACAGGAGGGUUCCAAACGCGGGAUUGGGCAUUAA